AUGGCUACCUCUACCUAUUUUACAGCGCCUUCUGGAAAUACAAUACAUUAUCUCCAGUCAGGAACAUCCUCCGGCCCCCUUCUAGUUUGCCUCCAUGGUCUUGGUGGCUCAAGCGAAACCUUCAUUUCGAUCCUCUCGACAAUCCCGAAAUCGUUCAACGCCGUCCUUGUUGACUUCCCAGGCUUCGGCAAGUCGCCCCUCAACCAGAAUUUGAAACCGGUGACCGUUGCUGGGACUGUUUCCGACAUACACAGCCUCAUAUCAUCUAUCCGAGAUAGCGCUGGCACGUCAAACUCGGACAAGAUUACCUUCAUCGGGCAUUCUUUUGGUGCGAUUGUUGCUCUCCACUACGCCGCCGAGUAUUCCGAUGUAGUUGCUGGUCUUGCACUCCUUGGGCCAGGACGAGCAGCUGGCCAUAUCCCUGCUGUGAGGCAGCGCAUGCUAGAACUAGCAAGCAACGUAAGGAAGACGGGCAUAGACUUUGUGGCUGAUAUUGCAACUCAGUCAAACUUCUAUGUGGAUACUCCGGAACGAUCUGCCGAGCCAUCUGCAAGAGAAAGUGUGCGAAAGGCCGUCGCUGCCUCUGAGCCCGAGGGCUACGCUCAGACCUGCGAAGCUUUGGUUGACUUGGACCAUACGGACCCUGAUUAUGGGAACAUCAGAUGUCCAACAGUCUUCGUGGUUGGAGAUAAAGAUGUGAUCAGCCCAGUAGGCCGAUCUGAGGAACUCAGUAAGCUGGUGGGCGGUGAAAGCUGGGUAGUGACUGUUAAGAGCGGGCAUCAGCAGAUAUUGGAAGACCCGAAGGGUGUCGAGGAGGCUUUGAUGCAACUUUUUCCGAAGCUUGUAAAUCCUGCAUAA